AUUUCAGGAAUAGUGUGUUAAACAACUGUUUGCAUUUUAUUUGUCUUCAAACCCCUAAGUUUGGUUCAACGAUGUUACAGUAUACAGUAUACUUUGGUCAGUGUUCUGAAAAAGGACUGAUUCUAACGAGGCUGGAAAUGAUUAAAAUGAGAACACACUCCGCCCUCCUUUGCCAAUCUCGCGAGAGUUGCUGCUCAUGGCGUUGCCUGGGCGCUGCUACGAUGCUGUUGCUGUGGCUUUGAUUGACAGGAAACAUGUCGGUGUGGUGGGAGCGAACCAGAAUGCAGCUGCUGCUACGGGAGACAGGGAGUACUCGCAUCGAGUCCCCGCAUCAGCACCUUUAAAGUCUGCUGGCUUUCCCUUCAGUUCCACCAGUUAAUAAUGCGCUGAGCAGCUUUUAUUUAUUUUAUUUUAUUUAUUAUUUUUUCUUUCUUUUUUUCCUGAAACAUCCAUUUGAAAGCGAUGGACACCCAGUGGAUGCUUUGGCCAGCCGUUUAGUCCCGCUGAGCAUUUUGAUCUUGUGUUUGCUCCGAGACACCUUGAUGAAACAGCAGGAACCACGAGCACUGUUGUUGCAAUGGCUCUGUCACGGCUCAAAGUGCGUCUGUAAACCUCCAUCACUUCGUUUCAUGGCGUUUUGCGGCUCGCUCAGCUCUGUGCACUCCUCCACGUUUCUUCUCUGAAUCUCUUUUUUUAGAAAACAUUUUUUUAUUAUUAUUAUUAAAAAAGAAAAUCUUUUUUUUCUUUUUCUUUUUGGUCUUAAACUGCAAAGAGUGGGAUUUAAAGCCCGCUUCACGCCAAACUAUGAACGAGGAGAUGACAAAAAGCGAGGAGCAGCAUCUCAGUUUGCAGAAAGCCUUGCAGCAGUGCGAGUUGGUGCAGAACAUGAUUGACAUAAGCAUUUCCAGUUUGGAGGGUUUACGGACCAAAUGUGCCACAUCCAACGACUUGACACGAAAAGAGAUACGGACGCUGGAGGGGAAGUUGGUGAAGUAUUUCAGCCGCCAGCUGUUCUGCAAGUGCAAAGUGGCCUUAGAGGAGCGCAGCGCUGAGCUGGAGGACUUCCCUCGCCUUGGCCACUGGUUCCGAAUUGUCAACUUGAGGAAAGAGGUCACAGAGGAGAUGAAUCCAGGUGAGGUGACCCUGGAGGGUCUGCUCGACAUGAAUGAGGAGCAGGUGUGUGAGCUGCUGCAGAAGUUUGGUGCCAACGAGGAGGAGUGUGCUCGACUCAACGCCUCACUGUCCUGCCUGAAAAAGGCCCACCAGCUCGAACAACUUGAGGAGGAUAAAUUGCACAAUAAUGGAGGGAGCCAGACAAAGCAGGACUGGUCCAUCCAAUGGCCCACCUCAGAAUCAGGCAAGGAAAACACUCCAGUGUGCCAGCCCGAGGCCAGCCAGUGGAUCCGUUUCCAGCUCUCCCAAAGCCCCAAAGUCCAGUCCAAGUACAACCAGCACAUGGGCCAUAGGCCCCAGGCCCUGCCCCCCCCUUUGUUCGUUGACCGAUUGACAGUCGACAGUCCCACCACAGGACUUUUGCUGUCCUUGGACACUGGUCAUCGCUCCCUGCCCCCGUCGCCCCGUCAGAGGCAUUUUGGCCACACGCCUCCUCGAACUCCCUUGGUGAUCAACACCAUGACCCCUCCAGGCACUCCACCAAUGUGGCGAAGGAACAAAGUGAAAGCCCCAGGAACGCCACCUCCGCCCAGCCGCAAACUAAUUCAUCUGCUGCCAGGAUUCACUGCACUGCACCGCAGCAAAUCCCACGAGUUCCAGCUGGGAAAUCGUUUAGAGGAAGCGCAGACACCAAAAGCCAAGAAGAAAACCAAGCCCUUGAACCUUAAUAUCCACAGCAGCGUGGGCAGCUGCGAGAACCUGCCUACACAGCGCUCGCCGCUCUACACUGAACGCUCGCUGCGAUCCUUUUUCUUACCCUCCUUCAUCCCCUCCACACCUCCAGUUCAUGCUGAAACAACCUCUGCAAACACACUCUCAGUGCCUCGCUGGUCUCCACAGAUUCCCCGAAGAGAUCUGGGAAACUCUAUAAAACACAGGUUUUCUACAAAGUACUGGAUGUCACAAACAUGCGUAGUGUGUGGAAAGGGAAUGUUGUUUGGACUGAAAUGUAAAAACUGCAAGCUGAAGUGCCACAACAAAUGCACCAAAGAAGCCCCACCUUGCCAUUUACUGAUCAUACAGCGAGGAGGACGAGAAUCUUUCAAAGACCACCAAGGAACAACUCAAGUAGCUCGGCUGGUACGAACGGAAUCAGUGCCAUGUGACAUCAACAACCCUCUUAAGUACACCGACCUGCACAUCAGUCAGACCCUCCCCAAAACCAACAAAAUCAACAAGGAUCACAUCCCAGUUCCGUACCAACCAGACUCCAGCAGUAACCCUUCAUCUACCACCUCAUCCACGCCAUCCUCUCCGGUGCCUCCCUUGCCCAGCAGUGCAACCCCUCCCUCACCACUACACCCUUCUCCACAGUCAGCACGGCAACAGAAGCAGUUCAACUUGACAGCCUCAAGUUAUUUCAAAUACAAACAGCAGUUCAUCUUUCCAGAUGUCACACCAGAGGCUCCGCCCAGCAGAGCGCCUCAAGUGAUUCUACACCCUGUACUGUCAGAACCAGGGAAUGAAGGCAACCCUUUACUUCAAGUGGAACCAACUUCUGAUAAUGAAGAGGGUAACAAUGAAGACUCGGGCGAUGAGUUUGAGGAGAUGAAUCUGUCGCUUCUGUCAGCUCGCAAUUUUCAGCGCAAGGCCAGCCAAACCAGCAUCUUCCUGCAGGAGUGGGACAUCCCGUUUGAGCAGCUGGAGAUUGGUGAGAUGAUUGGCAAGGGGCGCUUUGGCAAAGUUUUCCACGGACGUUGGCACGGAGAGGUCGCCAUUCGAUUGAUAGACAUUGAGCGUGACAACGAGGACCAGCUCAAGGCAUUCAAGCGCGAAGUGAUGGCCUAUCGUAACACGCGCCACGAAAACGUGGUUCUGUUUAUGGGGGCGUGCAUGAGUCCACCACAUCUGGCCAUUAUUACAAGCUUGUGUAAAGGCAGGACACUUUAUUCGGUGGUGCGAGAUGCCAAGGUCGUGCUGGAUGUUAACAAGACUCGGCAGAUUGCACAAGAAAUGGUGAAGGGGAUGGGCUACCUCCAUGCCAAGGGGAUUCUACACAAAGACAUUAAGUCCAAAAAUGUCUUUUACGACAACAGCAAAGUUGUCAUCACCGACUUUGGACUCUUCACCAUAUCUGGGGUCCUGCAGGCUGGAAUUCGGAGAGAGGAUAAACUGAGGAUUCCCAACGGCUGGCUGUGUCACCUGGCCCCAGAAAUCAUCCAGCAGCUCUCCCCGGAUACAGAGGAGGACAAGCUACCUUUUUCCAAACAGUCAGAUGUCUUUGCUUUUGGCACCAUCUGGUAUGAGUUACAUGCACGCGAGUGGCCUUACAAGAGUCAACCAGCAGAGGUUAUCAUAUGGCAGAUUAGCAGCGGGAUGAAGCCCAACCUUGCUCAAACUGGCAUGGGCAAGGAGAUAUCGGACAUCCUGCUCCUCUGCUGGGCAUACAAGCCUGAAGAGAGGCCGAGCUUCUCCAAGCUAGUAGAUUUACUGGAAAAGUUGCCAAAACGGAACCGUCGCCUUUCCCACCCUGGACACUUCUGGAAGUCAGCUGAGUAUGUUAAAUGAGUUUUCGGGAAAAACAAAACAUCAAAUGAUCAGCGGCUAUUUUAAAAACAGUCAGCUGCCAUUUUUCUCCUCCAUCAAUAGCGCGUGUCCACAAAAAUGUGCUGAAUCUAAAUACCAGCCCAGUGAUAAAAACUGCCCCUCGCUGUGUGUAUUCUUGUGGAAUGUUGGCAUGUGUGUGUACAGAAAAGUUGACCAGUUGUCCAGCUUCCUCGCAACAGUUGAGACUCACAUUUCCUUUGGUUUCAUUUGAACCAUACUGGAUAUCUUUCUUCACUCUUUUUUUACUUUCUUUCUAUUACUAUUGACCUGUUUCCUUCACUUUUGAUUUAUUUCCUGAAUGUGAUGUGCUUGUAACUAUUAACUGAAAAAAACAAACAAACAAACAAAAAAAAAAAUUUAGAGAACAAAUAUAGACUUAAUUUCUUCAUGUCGUUCUCUUUAUUUUGAAUGUAACUGUUACACAUCACACAUUGUAUAUUUUCAUGACAUUGUGGUCCCAUUGCUUAUUUGUGUCCGCUGUGUAGACCACCAUGACACGGUGUUACAUUGUGUCUCAUGUGUGAAUGUCUGUACAGGGUAACGUGUCCGUCUAGGAGACUUCCUUUUUGACACGUGACGUCCUUUUUAUUUCUACCGAAUCAUUUGAAUGUGAAGACGCCAGUGUCACUGUUGCUGUGAUGAUGUGACAUGCAUGUCUCUGUGAUGCUAAGACUUCACUCUGAUUGGUCUGCGCUUUGAAUAUUUGCUGUGAACACAAGUGGGUUGGAACAAUGUCAGCCUUCUGCUAAGAAAGAGAAAUUACACAGAAGCCACUACGCUGAUCGUUAUCUAUCACUUUAUGCAGGUCUGUCAAAGUCUCUGGCACUUGAAAGGUACAGUAAAUUUGCCAACUGUUACGGUGUUAAUUCCCUCUGAGGAAUGCUAACACUGAGCUUCCGCAACUAAUUUCCCGCAAAUAACGCAGCAUUAUUUACUAAAUAGCUAUGGAUGGUUGACAAGUCUAAAAAGAACAAAAACUUGUUUUCCUUCAAAGACACCGCUCCUACAAUAUUAUCACAACGAAAACCUUUAAAAAAAAAAAAGAAA